AUGUCCACACAAUCUCCACCAGACCUCCCCUCCCGGAUCCGCACCGCCUUCUACGGCCUAGCAAUAUGCGACGCCCUCGGCGCACCCCUCGAGUUCCAGCCUCGCAUCAUGGACUCCUCCCAGUACGUCCGCGACAUGCUGCCCAACAGUAACUUCAGCCUGCCCGCGGGACACUUCACAGACGACACCUCAAUGGCUCUAUGUCUAGCACACUCCCUGAUCUCGAAGAACGGUGCUCACGACCCACUUGAUCAAGCCGCCAGGUAUGUCAAGUGGCUUGACGAAGGAUACAUGUCCUCGGUUCCAGGAUAUGCGUUCGACGUUGGGAACCAGACGAGGCAGAGUCUGCAAUAUUAUCGAAAGAAGCCUGAACUGAGUACGUUGGAGUUUGUGACGAACAAGUUCAAUGAGGAUUGGAGGUGCGGUAAUGGAAGUUUGAUGCGUGUUUUGCCUUGUGCGCUGGUCGCGAGGACGGAGGAGGAGGCGGUCGAGUUGGGGAAGCGGAGUAGUCAGGUCACGCAUCCGCACCGAAGGUGUGUGCACGCUUGUGCGUUGUACUGUGCUCUUGUCUUUCGUGCAUUGCGAGGUGCGUCGAAAGGAGAACUUGCGCUAUGCAUUCGUGAGUGGCUUGCCAAAGCGGGAGAAGAUAUUGAUUCCGAGAUUCGUGCACGCCUUGCACAAUAUGAGAGGCUGGAAAUGUGGCAGCAAAUGCCUAGGGAGAAGAUCUCGAGCAGUGGUUACGUGCUUGAUAGUCUUGAAGCAGCGUUAUGGGCGUUCUUCAUUACUAACACUUUUGAGGAGGGAGCGAUUGAGGUUGUGAACCUAGGAGACGAUGCGGAUACUGUUGGGGCUAUCUUUGGGGGGCUAGCUGGGGCGUGGUACGGGGAUGUGUCGUGUAUAUCUGACCGGUGGUUAGUCAAAAUGCAGGAAGUUCAAUUAGUGGAUGACGUGGUUAAGAGAAUCACAUCUCUGCACGAAUAG